AUGGCUGAGACAGAAACCGAUAAUAACAGUAUUAUUAGAACCGAAAGAAAUAAUAGGGGUCCAGUGGCUAAUAAUGGGCCUCGUCGCGUUACUAUCUAUAAAACUGAGACUGGUUUUGGGUUCAAUGUGCGUGGUCAAGUGUCUGAGGGUGGGCAGUUAAGAUCGAUUAACGGUGAACUGUACGCUCCCCUGCAGCAUGUCAGCGCUGUCCUGGAGAAUGGGGCGGCUGAGCAAGCUGGUAUCAGGAAAGGGGACCGCAUACUUGAAGUGUAA